UUCAGGCCCAAACCCCUCCCGUCAGGCCCAAACCCCUCUCUUUAGGCCCCAAAACCCUCCCUUCAGGCCCCAAACCUCUCUUUAGGCCCCAAACCCCUCUCUUUAGGCCCAAACCCCUCUCCUUAGCCCCCAAACCCCUCAAAUUUAGGCCCCAAGCCCGUCUCUUCAGGGCCUAAGCCCUGGUCUGUCGGCUCCAAGGGUGGAUUGUUCAGAGGACGAGCGCAGGGAUGAGCCUGAACGCGACCUCUGCCAAGGAGAGGAAACCCUCCUGCAUGAAGCCGACCCGGGUAGAGCUGUGGGACGGCAUGCAGCGCAGGUGCCUGAUGCCCAACAUCACCGCCAAAGGGACGGGCACAGCUGGGCACAGCCUUUUGUCCCCACAUCUCGGUGGCUUCCCCAAAACUGAGCCCUGGGGUGGGAAGUGGCCACGGUGCCUGAGCAGGAGGAUGGGGGUCCGAGACCCUCUGCACCCCCCUGGGACCGAUGUCGGCAGCAGCAGCACCCCACUUCUGACCAUGUCCGUCCUUUCCAGCCUCAGGGGGAUUGCUCGACAUGCCUUUCACCGUGCGCGUGAGCAUCCCGAAACACGAGCUCCCAAGGCUGAAGGAAACCAAAGCACAGGAGAACAAGAAGGAAUCCGGGAUCAGCCAGCUGCCAGCAAUCCCGGGGCUGCCUCUUGCCAAAAACCAGCCUUUGGCCAGCCAAGACCAGGACAAACUCACAGCCUGAAGCGGAACACCAGGGAUGGACAAAAUGGGGCCAUCGACAUCUCAGGGGGUCCCAGGAGAAGAAUGAAGAGUGGACAUUCUGCCCACCCUGGACAGCACAUCCGAGACGCUGGAACCCAAACCGGCCAGAGCAAGGCGCCUGGAACAGGAGAGACCCCCCACAGAAUCCGAGAUUUUGGAAAUUUGGAAGCGUUACCUCAAGAAGCAAAACCCAAAAAGGAUUGGGGUGCGUGUCCGAGUUCGCUUGCUUUUUGCACAUUAGCAAUAAAAGGCACCAAACCAAACCCAAAACUGUAGUGCUGGUCCUUUUAACCACCCAGCUGGAACUGGAAUUAGGCAAAGCCUACACUUUGCAGUGGAGCUAAAAGCCUGCCACCAUCGCGGGUGGCAAAGCUGAGCCAGAAUUCCUCACGUUCGCGAAUUUUUCCCUUCUCCUCCCUCAAAAUACUUUGCACUAUUAAAAUUUAUUAGUUAUAA